GGAAACUGGAUUGAUCAGCUAUGUGAAUAAACAUAGCUCUCCAUUUUAUGCAGGCAAGACAGACAGGAAAUGUGUGGAGAAGCAAGCUAAGCCUAAUUAAGACUGAAGCAAAGGUAAAGGGCAGCUGAGUUAAUCACACACAGCCACAUCAGACGCCUCUCAGUGGGAAGGCUGCACACUCCUCCAGCUCUGCCCCUUUCCCUCCUCCUCCUCCAGCAGAGCUCCUGAAGCUGCUUCUCAUGUACACAGAGAUCCUUUUCAGCAACAGAACUGGGAGCCAGUUGCAUCCACAUCAGUAGAAGAAAGAGCCUGCUGAAGAGGCAUGCCUGGGGGAGGCAGAAGUCGCAUGGCUGCAAUAUCCUUAUGCCUGGCCUGGGCACUGUCAGUGACUCUAGCCUCUGGCCCUCAGAUAGUAGAAAGUAGCAGAGGAAACAGAGCAGACUGGACUCAGGAAAAGUAUUUCCACCAUCCAACCAUUUUAAACGCAACUAUUAUUCAAGAAGUCGCAGCAAACACGGAUGUGAAUCAAAUGUGGCAGUAUGACCUGCUCCCAAUACUGAUUGAGAGAUAUCCAGAAUCACCAGGGAGCUGGGCUGUGCGUCAGCAUAUCAAGCAUCGUCUGCAAGGAUUACGGGCAGGCUGGGUGGUUGAAGAAGACACCUUUCAGAGCUACACUCCUUAUGGUUAUCGAACGUUUUCAAAUAUCAUCAGCACCCUCAACCCCUCUGCUAAACGCCAUUUGGUGCUUGCUUGCCAUUAUGAUUCCAAAUACUUUCCACCACAGUGGGACAGCCAAGUGUUCGUUGGAGCUACUGACUCAGCAGUGCCCUGUGCUAUGAUACUGGAACUGGCACAUUCCCUGGACAGACAACUUCAUUCUCUUGAGCAGGCUGUUUCAGAACAGACACUGGAUCUGUCCCUGAAGUUAAUUUUCUUUGAUGGAGAAGAAGCAUUCGUGCGGUGGAGCCCUUCUGAUUCUCUGUAUGGCUCUCGGCACUUGGCCCGGAAAAUGGCAUCUACACCACAUCCACCGGGUGCCAUAAACACAAGUCAGAUUCAGGGAAUUGAUCUUUUUGUGCUGCUGGAUUUAAUUGGUGCUCGAAACCCAACCUUUCCGGUUUACUUUCUGAACACUGCUCGCUGGUUUAGGAGACUUGAAGCAAUUGAGCAAAACCUUCAUGAUUUGGGUUUGUUGAAGAAACACCCUUCUGAAAGGAAAUAUUUCCGUGGUGCAUUACUGAGAGGACAGGUUGAAGAUGACCACAUUCCAUUUUUAAGAAGAGGGGUUCCAAUCCUUCACUUGAUACCAGAUCCUUUUCCUAAAGUGUGGCACACCAUGGCAGACAAUGAAGAAAAUCUCGACAAGCCGACCAUUGACAACCUCAACAAAAUUCUACAGGUCUUUGUGCUAGAGUAUCUCAACGUGGCUUGACAACAUUCUUGGUGUCACCAAAUGGCCUCUCGGUCUUAAAUACUACCCUAGACCAUAAAUUAGUUAUUCCCAAGAACAGGCGUCCAGUUUAUUUAGGAAUAAAAUAUUCUCCUUGCCCUAGAUGGCAAUUGGAACAGAGACUAUUCUUCAUAGUUCAGUACUGAUAUAGAAGGUUUUUAAUGAUUUCUUCCAAAGAAAUGUAUUGAUGAGAGAACCCAAAGUUCAUUAUGACAAUCAAGGUGAAAAGAACCCGACUUAACACCAAAUUCUGUUGCAGCAAAAGCAAGCGUUAAAUAAAAAUUGUCCCUCAUUUCUCAUUGUAA